UUUCUCCACUUUUUAUAUUUUGUAUUGUUUGUAUAGUUUGUAUUAUUUGUAUGUUUGUUUGUACGUUUUGUCGUUAUAGUUUGUACUUUGUAUGGUUUGUAUUGUUUAUAAUUUUUCAUAAUACCCAAUCUACCCCUGUCAGUAAUUAAAAAAGUCCUCAUUUAUUAAAUGUUGUAUUGAUGUGCCAGAUCUAAGUUGUUUGUGCCUAGUAGAUACUAGGCGGUUUGUGGAGCUGGGGCGAGGAGCCUGAUCUUGGAUGUCGGGGAGCACUCCUGAUACUCUGCAAAACAGCGGUCCGGGGCGGUUCGCCCGGGACACUCUCCGAAGCUUAAGUUAGAGAGAGAAGUGGGAAGAUCAGAAUUUAUGUAGAGAGAUGAAUAGUAGUUGGCCUUACCAUUAAUGCACUCACCCUCUAUUUAUACCUGGUUAAAGGGUGGUUGGGGCAUUAAAUGCUGUGUCGGGCGCCCCAGACCUGGUCGGGCGCCCGUUCAGGCUUUUUGGGGAAUGUCAGGCGUCUUGGGCAGGCUUUCAGCCUUUCUGCAGGCCGCCUGUGGCUGGCAAUAAAUGCUCAGUCUUGCCUGACACCAGAUACGCAUCUUCAACGGCUCUCUGCCCCUCUGCGCUACUCAGUUGCUUUAUGUCAGGCGCCCUUAUCUUAUUCCUCGGGUUCGCAGUCGAUCAUGGACCGCCCGCUGACUCGGUCUUUCGAUCGGGCCUGGCCUCCUCAUUGGGCCUUUAACUCCGACUCGCUUCUCUUGGGCCCGAGGCCCAAACACGCUCAACUAUGCGGCCCAACAAUUGCCCCUUAGGCGGGAAAAGUCUAGGGUUUUGGCGGCUACCUAUAAUGCUCUCAGCUAGUUGAGCGGUUUGCUUCUCCUCCUUGUCCUAUUCUGCCCCUGGUCGCCAGAGACCUAGGGUUGCUUCUGCCUAAGCAGCGGUCCGACCGCCUUACGGGUUUUCCUGGUGGAAACACUUUAUACACGUGGCUGUGUGACUCGCUACGACACAACACCACACUGCGACCAAGUGUAAUCGCAGAAUGAGACUGCAGUAUAGUGGCUCAAGUGAUAAAUAUCGAAUCCACGGGUCUCUAGAGUUACUAUUACUCAGCUUCAGUUUAUUAUUUAGCAAAUCAGAUCAAGACGAAAGAACUAAAACUACUCUAGCAAACUACAGUUAAAGUUAAUCUAAUUACAGGUUGGGAACUCACUUAGGUAUGAUUCCCCCUAGCCACUAGCCAGACAAACAAUUGAUGAUUUCCAACUUGUUUCACUUUCAUUCACAAUGCGGAGAAUCCUUGACUAGACCUUGAGUCUCGACUAAAGGAACAAGGCCCUCUUGAGUCAAUUGCCUAGAGGGACGUAUCCUUCUCUAGAACAACUGAUCAAGGCGUUCUGAACUAGACUCCCUCUAUCGAAAGAGGUUCUCAAUCGAUACAAAGCAGUGAAUCAACCCUCGACUAAAGCAAUCGAUCCACUACUAUCAAUCUAUGGUGCUCUAUUGACCUAAUCAGGUAUUCCCUCUCAUAGAAUCAAAGCAGAAUCAAUAAUCUCGACUAAAGCAGAAUUGAAUCAUGAAAACAUGCAUAGAUUGAAUAUGAACUCAAGAUUAUCAAGCGAGAGUACUCAUACAAUCAUCCAAUCAAACAAACAUAGCUAGGGUUCCUCAAAACCUAAGUGAAGGGAAGUUACUCCAUAGAGAAGAGAGAGACUGCAGAAAUCUGAUCUAGAUCUUCAAUCUCCAUCUCCAAGCUUGAUUCCCGAGCUCCAAUGGCGAAGAAAUCCUCCAAAAUAGCUCCAAGAAUGUUCCCAAGUCGCUCUCUCUCUAGGGUUCGUCCCUUGGGUGUUUGGGAUCCAAAAACCCAGCUCUCCCGCUUCUUUGGUUCGGAAUUUGGCUUAAAACCAGGAAAUCCCGACUCGCACGGCCAGGGUGCACGGCCGUGCAUAUCACCAUUCUGGCCGUGCAACUCAAAACGCCGCGUGUCAUUUAGUCGAACUUCAGCCCUCUCGCACGGCCAGGGUGCACGGCCGUGCGAGCUUCAGGGGUUUCCCGUGCGUGUCCUCGGCAUAAGGCGCACGGCCAUAUUGCUCACGUGCACGGCCGUGCAGCCUCCCUGGUCUGCCCGUGCAGCUCCCCAAAAACCUCGCCAUUCGUCCGUUCUUCGUCCAAUCGACCCCAGACUCGCUCCUAAGCCUUCAUUCACGUAACUAGGACCUGAAACAUCACAAACAAGCACAACCUAGCGUGAAAUCGGCCUAAAACACGAGAAUCAACACCUCAAACGGUGUAAGAAUGGGGGUAAAAACAUGUGUAAAUGACGGUCUAUCAAACUCCCCCACACUUAACCGUUUGCUUGUCCCCAAGCAAACCUAACUCAAACCAAUGCAACUCUCCAGACCUCUAUAGCAACAAACAACCCAGAUCGUAGGUAGAUGACUUCCUAGAUCAUUUAGCAACUUACGAGGUCAACCGACGCACAAGUCAUCUCAUAACUUCUUCGGCGAGUCGGCAUCACGGCAAAUAGUGAACAGAGGACAAAUGAAUUGUGGAUGAAGAGAUUCUCAAAAACAAAAGAUCAUGGACUCA